CAAUAAACCAAAUCAGAUACCUUUUAUCACAGAACCACCACAGUUUGGUCAGUGACUCCGCUGGAAGAAGCAGCGUUUAUUGUUUCCUGGUUCAGCGACGCAACCCACUGAAAACAGCAUGGCGGUGGAUGGAAAGUUUGAAAUUGACGAAGAAGGAGGCCCCAAGAAGUCGAGUGGUUACUACUGCACGACAGGCCAACUCCUCUUUCUUGCCAUAGUCGGUGCUGGUAUCAUUGCCGGUGUUGGAUGUAUGGCUUACUACCUACCCGACCGUUCCUGUGAGCUACCUCCCACCGAGGAGCCCGGGAAGGUCACGGAACCUCAGGUACAACCCACGGAACCUAGGGUGACGGAACCACCAGUGACGGAGCCACAUGCGACGGAACCGCGCGCCACGACGCAUAUGAUGUCACCUACUCCAACCGAUGGAAUAUGGGACGGUCGUCUUCCCCGUGACCUCAUACCAGAAAACUAUCAACUUUACCUCAAACCCUACCUGUAUGACGAGGACCUUCGGCCAAAUACGGACGACCGGAGGUUCACUUUCGACGGUAGGGUAAAGAUCGUGAUGGAAUGUAAAAUGGAUACUGACGUCAUCACCCUCCACAUCAACAACAUCACCAUCCGAUCGUACAGCCUCGAGUCGAAGAACGGAGACGUGGUCGACGUCACACACGUUGACUACACACCAGAGUACCAGUUUGUCCACUUCCACCCCGCUACGAUGUUGAAGGAGGGAACGGGGUAUGUACUGGAGAUCGAGUACCUAGGAGAACUGUGGGACGGUCUGGCUGGUUUCUACCGUAGCAGCUACGCGGAAGGAAACGAAACCAGAUGGCUCGCCACGAGCCAGAUGCAGCCUACCGAUGCCCGCCGUGCCCUUCCAUGCUUCGAUGAACCCGAUCUUAGAGCUAUCUUCUACUCCGAGAUCGAACAUCGUAAAGACAUGGUCGCCCUCUCCAACGGCAUCGAUGAAGGCGAGAGGGAAGGUAGCAAUACUGGCUGGAUGAUCACCACCUACAGGGCCACUCCCAAAAUGUCCACUUAUCUUCUUGCUUUCGUCGUCGGCUACUUUGACAAGACGGAAAUGUACACUGAAAAUGGCGUCCUUUUCCGAGUAUGGUCACGACCAGAGGCGGUUGAAUCGACAAGAUACGCUUUGGAUAUUGGAGCUAAUAUCACCACAUACUUUGAGAAAUAUUUUGAUACACCUUUCCCUCUUUCAAAGCAAGAUAUGAUUGCCGUGCCCGAUUUUUCAGCUGGAGCUAUGGAGAAUUGGGGUCUUAUCAUCUACCGUGAAACCGCUCUUCUCUACGAUGACAAGGUCAACUCAGCAAGCAACAAGCAACGUGUUGCCGUCGUGGUGUCCCACGAACUCGCUCACCAGUGGUUUGGUAAUCUCGUCACCCCUAUAUGGUGGGAUGAUCUCUGGCUCAAUGAAGGAUUUGCAAGCUACGUUGAAUACCUUGGUGUUGAUUACGUGGAACCAGACUGGGGGAUGAGAGAACAAUUCGUCGUUGUGGAUCUGCAGUCGGUAUUCGAACCAGACUCUCUUGGUACGUCACAUCCGGUCAGAGUACCUGUUAACUCACCAGAUGAAAUCAAUGAAAUCUUUGAUUCUAUUUCAUACAGCAAGGGAGCUUCAAUUAUCCGUAUGUUGAAUAAUUUCUUGGGUGAGGAAGUCUUUGUUGAUGGUCUAAGCUACUACCUCAAUAGUCAUAAAGAGAGUAAUGCUGAUUCUGAUGAUCUAUGGUUUGCUCUCAAAGAGGCAGAUGUAGGUAAAGGUAACAACGACGUCAAGGCCAUCAUGGAUACCUGGACAAAACAGAUGGGUUACCCCGUCGUCGACCUCCGCCGCCACGGCGCUACCCAACUCAAUGCUUCACAAGAACAUUUCCUCGUCAAUCCAGAAGCCGGAGUCGAUGACAAAUAUGGCGACCUCGGAUAUUUGUGGUAUGUUUACCUGACCUACACGCAGAAAACAGGAGCCGAUUUCACUACUCCUGAUUAUAUGUGGAUUGAGAAAGAACCUUGGGCCCUCGUGAAUCUCUCUUCAAGCAUGGCUGCUGAUGACUGGUAUCUGGCUAACAUCCAACAAUUUGGUUUUUAUCGAGUAAAUUAUGAUAAUGAAAACUGGGCUCGUCUAAGUCAACAGUUGGUACAGGAUCACACGGUGCUUCCGAACGAGAACCGCGCCCAAAUGAUCAACGAUGCCUUCAGUUUAGCUAGGGUGGGGCGUGUGGAUUACCCCAUCGCUCUUAAUCUAACCCUCUAUAUGGAUCAAGAAAUGGAUUAUAUCCCUUGGGAAGCAGCACUUGGUGUAAUUUCCUACAUUACAGAUAUGUUUAGCAGGUACUCCGGUUACGGACCUUUGGAGAGAUACAUGCGCAAACAAGUUGAGAACCUGUAUAACUCACUGGGAUGGGAAGAUGAUCCAAUCAAUGACCAACAUCUUACACAGUAUAACCGAAUCAACGCCGUUGGAACUUCAUGUAGAUAUCGCAACCAAGAUUGUCUAGACACCGCCUCAGAUCUAUAUCACAUGUACAUGGAAAACGAUGCUAAUAAUACUGCAAACCGACUUGAUUAUGAAAUCAACCCCAUUACACCUAACCUGAAGACGACUGUCUACUGCUAUGGAAUCCAAGAAGGUGGCCAAGAAGAAUGGGAUUUCGGCUGGAAGAAAUACGGAGAAACCCAGGAUGCAGCUGAACAAACUAAAUGGCUAUAUGCCUUGGCUUGUUCACAAUCACCAUGGAUUCUAAGCAGAUACCUGGGUUAUUCUCUUGAUCAAAAUUAUCUUCGAAAGCAAGAUUCAUCUUACGUCAUCAGAUACGUAUCACAGAACUACAUAGGCCGUUCAUUAGCAUGGGACUUCCUCCGAAACGAAUGGGACACAGUAUACGAUUACUAUGGAAACAGUUUCUUCGUCAUGCGUUUCAUACUCAAGGCAGUCACCAAGUACAUGAAUACUCCUGGUGAACUUCAGAUGGUACGAGAUUUCAAGGUUGGACGGGACUUUGGAAGUUCUACAAGGACAAUGGAACAAGUUGAAGAUUUGAUUCAAGCUAAUAUCUGGUGGAUGGAUAACAACGCUGCCAUAGUUGAACAAUGGUUACGGAGUCAACCAGGGGAAUAAGAAAAGGAUAAAUCUUCUUUUGUCAAUGGUGGAAAUUGGAGAAGUUUGGUCCCGUUUUCCUUGUGUUUUGAAGGCAAGGUUUAAUUGAGGCACAAACUUUAAAACUGGUCAUUUGAAAAGAAAACAUAUUUUAGCAAAGUCAGAAACUGCCCAAAGGUUAUGAGAGUGCAUGUCAACUUUACUACUGUAAAAAAAUAGUUAAAAAGCAGAGAAGUAUGAGAAAUCAUUUCAAAUCCCACACUCUAAAGAGCGAUCAUGAUGAUGAUCAAAACAAAUGUGAUGAUUACUUCAAAAUUUUGGACAAUGAAUUUGAUCAAACCUGGGAGCAAGCAAUAAUUGUCAUGUUCUUACUUUAAAAAGUAAAUAUUCUUUUAAAAAUAUUUUAAAAAGUUGAUGCAUAACUUUGGGGAGAGGGAGGGGCAAAUGCCCCUGAAUCUGAAUUACACAGAAUAAGAUUAUUUUCGGUAUAUUUUUUUAACAACGUAUAUAGUCUACUUCAUAUAUGAAUAAGGUUGAGUAUUGGUUUGCCAGAGCUGUCUGACGAGAGGAGGGGAGGGGGGGGGGGUUGUGGGAAAUAGAGAAUGCACCAUUUAAUGUUGGUGUUGCUCUGACGUCCCAGCAACAUGACAUGAGUGAGCUCUGAAAGACCGUAUUACAAAGUAUAUUUUGCAUCCUGACAAAACUGAAAUCUGCAUCAGAAAAAUCAAGUAAUACAGGGGCGGAUCCAGCCUUGGCCAAUAUGGGGGGGGGGGGGGCCCGGAAUUUUUUUUUCAGCCACAUUUUCUCCGAUCGGCCGCUCGAAGUUAAUUUUUGUUUGUUUCUUUGAAGGGGUAGUCCUAAUAGUCACUUCUAAGCUUUAUAUAUAUUCUUAUAAUAACAUAAGCCUUAUUUAAAAAGUGCGAGCGCGAAGCGCGAGCAGAAAUUUUUAAUAUGCGUUUCGAUCUGAUAAAAAAGGAUCUGUUAACGGCAGCUUCUUAGCCAUGAAGGCGUUACAUAUUUCAACUAUCAAAUAAUGCGAGCGCGAAGCGCGAGCUGAAAAUUUUGACAUUUUUACCUGAAGAAUGGAAAACGAUAAGUAUAUAACUAAAUAAUUGAUGCGAGCGCGAAGCGCGAGCUGAAAAUUCGAGAUUUAAACCUAAAAAUGGGACACUUUAUUCAUAUUUUGUAAAUCAUGAAAAGGAUGAGUAAUUUGAAAUCUUCCUAUAUUAAUAAUGCGAGCGCAAAGUGCGAGCAGAAUUUUUUUAUUUACUGUUAAUAUACGUUUUGAUCUGAUAAAAAAAAAAGAUCUGUUAACAGCUGCUUGUUAUCCAUGAAGACGUUACAUAUUUUAACUAUCAAAUAAUGCGAGCGCGAAGCGCGAGCUGAAAAUUUUGACAUUUCUACCUGAAGAAUGGAAAUUCUAAGCACUUUUUGUAAUCGUGAAAAGUAUAAGUAUAUAACUAAACAAUUGAUGCGAGCGCGAACGGAAAAAUUCUGGACACUCUAUUCAUGUUUUGUAAAUCAUGAAAAGGAUGAGUAAUUGGAAAGUUUCCUACAUUAAUAAUGCGAGCGCAAAGCGCGAGCAGACAAUUCUUGAUAUUGUGAUGGCUGAAACUGGAUGAUGAUAGAGAACAAGCAGGGAAUAUCUGAAUAAAUGCGUGUUUCAGAUUUCGACCUAGAAUAUGGGUAUUCUAAAUACCUUUCUUAUCAUGAAAAUCAAUAAAGCGAGCGCAAAGCGCGAGCUAAAAAUAUAUGAUAUUCCGAUCUGAAAAAGGGUCAAUUUAAGCUCUGUAUUUCAAGCACUUUGUAGGAAAAUUGUGAGAUACCGUGGAUAUGGAUCACAGUUUAAAAAGAGCUGAUAUGUUUCAUUAUUAUUACUUUGAGUUUUGACAUAGGACCGGGAAAUUCUAUAAGGACAUUAUGUCAUCAUAUGAAAAUGAUGACUAUCUUCCUAUUUCUCUUCCUAAGCAUGAGAGCGCAAAAUCUGUUAAUAUUAUGGCCUGAAAACUGGACAUUAUUUUAAAGCACUUUUGUAAUUAUGAAUAAGAUGCAUGAGUUGAUAUCUUUCAACAAUCAAUGCGAGCGGAAAUCGCGAGCCGAAAUUUAUGAUAAACUGUCAUCAAAUGGGGAUUUUAGUUUUAUAAUUAAUAUUGAGAUAUACAUAACUCACCAAUCAAAAUGCGAGCGUGCAUCGCUUGCUGAUACGUUUUGACAAUCUGACCUGAAUAGGGAUAUUUUGAUAACUUUAUGGAAUACAGGAAAAUAAUAGGUACCUGACAAAUCAAAUUUUGCGAGCGCAGCGCAAGCAGAAAAUGUUAAUAUUCAGCCCAUAAAACAGAAAUUUUUACAGAGCACUUUAAAAAUCAAUUUGUAAAUCAAACAAAAUAAUGAAAGUUCAAUUUCCGAGCUGAAAUAUGUUUUGUAUAUUGACUUCAGAAUUUGAUAUUUUAAGCUCCAUAUUGAGCAAGAUAUGUAAAUUACCUAAAAGGCAAUGCGAGCGCGAAGCGCGAGCGAAAAUUUUAUAUCCCGACAUGAAAGAUUUUUUUUAUUAUUUUCCCAGUGUUCACCUGAUCUUAUUUUAUUCACUCGUCUUCCUCCUCUUAUGUUUCUCCUUCUUUUUUUCUCCUCUCUUUUCGGCCUUCUUUUUCUUUCUUUCCCCCUUUUUUUUUUUUUGCUCCGCCAAUAGGGGGGGGGGGGGCCGGGCCCCUCGGGCCCCCCUGGAUCCGCCUAUGUAAUAUGAUACAUUUUAUUGUAUUCAAGAUGCAUGGCCCUGGGAAGCGGGGGUGCUGAAGUACACCCUAUAUUUUCGCCGGGGUGCUGCGUGUAUAGUAUUGUGUAUAAUUUCCCAUAAGCAGCACCCCCUGGAAAUCUUGUAGGUGUACCAAAUUGUAAAUUAAUUAGUGAACCCCCCCCUUUUUUUUGGCUUGUCAAAUUUCUCGGAACCAAAUUGACCCUCUUUUAUAGUGAAACCCUUUUUUUUUGCUAGUCAACUUUACAUCAGCACCCCCUGUAAAAGAUCGUUCCCGCACUGUAAAAACGUUUUUUAAAAUAAUUUUAGUCACAUUGUUUAAGCCCGUCACUCUAACAACUAUAUUUUUAAAACUUUUUAGUUUAAACAACUUGUUGUUAGAGUGACAGGCUUAAACGAUGUGCUAUUUUUCUUUUACUGUGCAGGGACCUGUCAAGAUGUGAACUUUUAUCAUGUAUUUAUGACAAUUUCAGUUGCAUCGUCCAACACAGCUAUGCAAACUGUAGACUGAAAUUAUACUAAUAUGGACUAGUUGGAAGUAUGAACUGAAAUCCUAUAUAAAAAUUUGAAAACCUAUGAUGCAUUUCAGUCUGUUUUAAAUGUUGUCCUACAUUUCUUUCUAUAUUUAUUCAUUCACUCCAUGUAUAUCCACAUUGUAUAUGAUCCGAGAGGUUUAAUUGUAUCUACGUAAUGAAUUAUUAUGCCUGGGAUGUUUUCAGUCAUCUCAAUAUGCAACAAUGAUCAGGAUCUACUUUGUUUAUAGGCCUAUGCUUGCCGUUGUUUACGUUUUAUGAAAUACAUAUAGAAUUUGGACUUCAGUUGUUCAACUCUGAUAUUAAGCUAGUGAAGAUCAUGAAGACGAAGUAUUUUAUCAAUUUGAUGAACAGAAAAUACCGUGUUACGUGAGAGUGUUAUUCAUAAUACAUUUUCAUGACAGAUAGUAGAUAUUUCUAGUUUACCUGCUAUUAAGUAGAAUAUGAAAAUCGUAUGUUUUCUUUGUGACCAUGGUCAAUUUUUGAUUAGGCCUAUAUACACAUGUCUGAAGCGAUUCCAACAUCACAGUUUGCUCUUACGUAAUUCAAGGUUUCUUAACACCAAAAUGUAUAACAAAUAGAAAAUAAGAAACAAAGUAUCAACGGAGGUUUGACAAAAAUCUAUCAAAAAAUAUUUCAAGCAGACAUGUGAUUUUCUUCUCCCAAAGUUACAUUUUUGUGAAGUCAGUAUAGCCUUCUUGCACACUGCUCUUCCAUGUAAAAAUCCUGAUACAAUAAAAAAAAAAGAGGGAAGAAAUAAAUCGCACCCCUCAAUUAAAAAAAUUUUUGACAAUAUUACAAGACAGUGAUCCAAUUAUUGGAAACAAUCGUAUAAAAAUAAUAAAAACAAUAAUAUAAAAAGGGGGUGGCAGAAAAAAAUGCAUGAUAAAAUAACUAUUGUGAUUGUUUUGAGAUUGAUUUUAUUCACCAAUAAAAAAAAGUGAAUAGUCCUUUGACAGAUUUUCGCCAAACCUUGAUGUCAUUAUGGUCUAUCAUUUUCUGUUUUAUUGAGAUGCAUUUGAUUCGAGGGUGGAUUUCAUAUUUGAUUAAAGGUGUGUUAAAGGUCAAA